CCGUCCGUAACUUCGCUCUAGUUCAUCUCUUUUCCCGAACUCUUCUACGUCUAUAAACAGCCCAACACCUCUUUCCUCCUGAUACGAUCAACUCUUCGUUUUACCUCUCCCCGGACCCGAGAAUCUCUCGGGUUGAAUCCUCCUAGAUGAGACACAAGACUGAAGAGGAAAACUGAUCUCCCCCAAAGACAUAGAAUAAUUGGUAAAUCUGGACGAGAACACAGGCUCAUAACUGCGAAGAGCAAGGAUUUUUAUAUUACUCUUAUAGGAAAGAGACCGAAAGGGGCAGAGACAACACGUGGUUACUCAAGGGCAGAACGUACGUCACACUCCCUGAGCUUGACAGCUGGAGGAGCAGAGGAAUGGCUGCCAAGCUCUUUGGCAGCCUGAGACUCAGAAAGCAGUUGAUUUUCUUGUAGAUCUUUACAAGCUAUCUUGCUAGGAGAUGCCCAAAGUCAAAAGAAGCCGGAAAGCACCUCCAGAUGGCUGGGAGCUGAUCGAGCCAACGUUGGAUGAACUAGAUCAAAAGAUGAGAGAAGCUGAAACUGAACCCCAUGAGGGGAAGAGGAAGGUGGAGUCUCUGUGGCCCAUCUUCAGGAUCCAUCACCAGAAAACCCGCUACAUCUUCGACCUCUUUUACAAGAGGAAAGCCAUAAGCAGAGAACUCUAUGAAUACUGCAUUAAAGAAGGCUAUGCAGACAAAAACCUGAUUGCAAAGUGGAAGAAGCAGGGCUAUGAGAAUCUAUGCUGUCUACGCUGCAUCCAGACUCGCGACACCAACUUCGGCACCAACUGCAUUUGCCGGGUUCCCAAGAGCAAGCUGGAAGUGGGUCGCAUCAUCGAGUGCACGCACUGUGGCUGCCGGGGUUGCUCUGGCUGACUGAUGCCCCUGACUCCUCUGCAUCUUGGACUUUGGACCUUGGGCUCCUGCUUAUUGGGCCACUGCCUCCUGAAGCAACUCUUCUCAGAGUGGCACUCAGAGAAAAGACCCAGGGGAAGCAUGAGCUCUACAGGUGACAGCUUUAGUGUUCACCAGCUGAGAUCUGUAAAAAUAAAACCUUUAGACCUCUUA